AUGCAGACCACACUCAAGUCCUCGGUCCUGGUCCUCCUCGCCGCCGGCGGUGUAGUGACCGCGACCCCCAUCCUCUCGUCGAGGCAAGCCAACAUCAUCACGGGCGCCUUCACGCCCAUCGGUGGAGCCUUCACCAACAUGGACACAUCGGUCAAGGCGCUGACGGCGCAGGACAGCCGCACGGUGACGGUGGUGCUGCAGAACGGCGCGGUGGCGCUGCAGGCCAUGAACGACGCGACCAACACGGUGCGCACGUCGACGGAGCUGCGCGCCUUUGAGAGCCGCCAGGUCCUCGACCAGACCACAAACACCAACGCGCAAAUGUCCACCUUCAUCACCGACAUCGUCGCCCAGAAGCUGGUGCUCGACCAGUUCGGCGCCAGCCCCACCGUCGUCAACAUGUUGACCCAGCAAAAGGCCGCCAACAACGCCCUCAACGACGCCGUCCUCGGCAAGUUCCCCAACAACCGCCUCCAGCGCGACCAGGUCAGGGACAGCAUGAACAAGGUCAACGCCGCCUUUGACCAGGGCAUCGAGAGCCUCAGCGCCGGCUCCGCUCAGCCCUUCACCCCGCCCCCGGCCGCCUCGCCUGCUCCCGCCGCUCCCGCUCCCGCCCCCGCUGCGCCCGCACCGGCUGCUCCCGCUCCCGCCCCCGCCGCUCCGGCACCUGCUGCCCCGGCACCUGCGGCUCCUGCUCCUGCCCCUGCUGCUCCCGCCCCGGCCGCGCCCGCUCCUGCUGCUCCGGCACCCGCACCCGCAGCCCCUGCGCCCGCUGCCCCGGGUGCCCCCGCCGCGUCUCCGGCUCCCUUUGCGAACCCGCUCGCCAGCGUUGCUCCCUUUGUGGCUCCCCCUGCGGCCUCGAGCACACCGAUCCCCUUUACGCAGCCCCAGUAA